AUGACUACAGAAGUAAUACUACAUUAUCGACCAUAUGAGAGUGAUCCCACACAACUGCCAAAAAUUGCAGAGAAAGCAAUUCAAGACUUUCCUACACGUCCGCUAUUGAGAUUUAGUCCUUGGUUUCCACGUGAUGGGUCCAGACUUCCACUCAAACCUAAAAGAUCACCGCCUGGGAUUUCUGAAGAGACAGCUGAAGAGAUGAGACAGUACUUAGCCAUUUCAGAACAUAGUAUUAAAUCACAGAGUUAUGAUUGCACAGUAGAUCUGUUGGAGUUUCAGCCUAAUUUGAAAAGAAAGAAGCACUUAAUCCAGUCACACACGCUGAAUGAACAGACUAAUUCUGGAAGUCUGGAGAAACAGGCAGAAAGAGAAAAACGGCACAAGAAAAGGUCUUGGAGUGUAUCAUCACUUCCCAGCAGUAACUGUACUGAAAAUAUUUCUCCUUUGUGUAAAGAAUUGCGAGAUAAUCUAAAGUCACUAAAUUUGCACUCAUUUUAUAGAGCAAGAUGGACAAUAGAACACACUAUUUGUAACAGCCAGACUCUGGAAGACAUUUGGGCAAAACUCAAUCGAAUUAUCAGGCACAAUGAACUUCCAUCUUGUAAUGCUACAAUUCAGAGACAUUUAGGCCAGAUAUGGGUGUUCUGUGAUAUUAUGUACUGUGAAUAUGUGGGGAAUCUUCUUAAAGGAAGAUUAGCUCUUACUGGGAAAAUUAAUUUAUUUGUGCGUAAAUAUGGUGUUAUUUUUAGUAUGUAA